AUGGACGUGGACAAUGAUGGAGAGAGCGUCAGGGAAAAGCUGAAAGCCAUAGAUCUCAAUAACGAUCACAAGGAGAGAGCAACCGAGUACAUGUCAGUCUUGGACUCGCUUCUGCAAAAUGGAUUGACCAGCUCGACUCCCUUGAUCACAUUUGCUAAGCACUUCAUCCAUUCGAAUACUCUGCCUAUGGUGACCGCACGUCGUGUCUUUGACUCGCUCGUCCUGGUCUUGUGUGCUGGAACGCCUCUUCAAACUGUGAAAGCGACGGAGGGAGAAGAUGAGAAGUGGUUGGAGAAGGGCAAGAACGCAUUUGCUGGCGAGAAUGGCCAUGAAUUGAGGCGCGAAGCUGUAGAAGGUGUCCGAGAGGCUGGGCAAGGCGUGACAUGGUGUGAUGAGCAGAUGACGACCUUGUCUCGCUUGGAGGCACAUCUUCUUGAGCAGGAGGAGGACUGGCUAGGCGCUGCGAGAGCUUUGAUACGGAUUCCGCUCGAGGGGACGUCGAGAAUGAUCCCAGACGAGGAGAAGGUAUCAGUGUAUGUCAAGAUCGUCAGACUGCUCCUAGAGUGCCAAGAAUGGGGUCAAGCCCAGACCUAUUUCUCCCGAGCGUCUUUGCUCAUCCACACUUGUCACGAUAAAGAGACAUUGCUUGCCUACAGGCUAUCACAGGCGCGUCUUUUCGAUUUUUCAGCUCGUUUCAAUGAAGCCGCUCAGAGAUACCAUGAGAUCUCGUUCGAAUCCAUUAUCGACGAAGAAGAUCGGUUGCAAAUGCUAAAAGCAGCGGUGACAACGUCCAUCCUGGCGCCCGCAGGACCACAGCGAUCCCGUAUACUCGCCGCGUUGAAUCGAGACGACCGAGUGCAUUCAUCUCUCCCGCCGGCACUCAGUACGAUGUUGCGAAAGAUGCUUCUGGAAUACAUCGUCAGACCCGAAGAGGUCAGAGAGUUCGAGUUAGGUCUGGAAGAGCAUCAGCGAGCUACGGUCGAGGGCGGUGGUACGGUUCUGGAGCGUGCUGUCAGAGAUCAUAAUGUCGGCGCGUGUGGAAAGGUCUACGAUAACGUCAGCUUUGACGCUUUGGCAUCAAUCCUGGGUCUUGAUGCAGACUCGGCAGAGAUCACCGCACGAAAGAUGAUCGAGCAGGGGCGACUCCGCGCGUGGAUUGAUCAACCUCUUCACCUGCUAUACUUCGAGUCUAGAGUGGCUCAUGACACUGACGCCGAUGCGCAAGGCACUGCUGGUGGUCUCGGCGUAGAGCGAGUGGAGAAGGAGGUCGAGCCCGUUAGCUGGACCGAACGAUGGGACGACAGGAUCAGGGCAACAAGCAUGAAGGUGGAGGCUCUCGCAGCUGCUAUACAAGCCAAGAAUCUGAUCACGCCGGCUUGA